CGCGCAAACUCGAAGAAUCGGAGUAUAUGUAUAUAUAUGGCGAGACAAUAAUGAACACAAUAGUUGUUUAUAUUAGAAACGAUAAGCAAUAAUGUUUUCAGUUAAAUUAAACAAUGGUUUGAAAUGUCCUAUUCUUGGACUUGGUACCUGGCAAGCAUCUGAUGAUCAGAGUCUUGUGGAAAAAGCAAUUAAAGAAGCUAUUGAUGCUGGCUAUCGUCAUUUCGAUGCGGCUUGGAUAUAUCAUAAUGAAGAAGAAGUAGGAAAAGCGAUUCGAGAAAAAAUUACAGAAGGAGCUGUUAAACGUGAAGAACUUUUUAUUACAUCAAAGCUAUGGAAUACAUUUCAUAAAGAAGAACAAGUUGUUCCUGCAUGUAAGGAAUCAUUGAAAAAACUUGGUCUCGAUUAUGUGGAUUUAUUUUUAAUACAUUGGCCUACCGCAUAUACGUAUGACGGCGAUCAUCAUUAUCAUGUUGUUGAUGCAAAUGGAAAAUCUCUAAUUGAAAAUACUGAUUAUACAGAAACAUGGAAGGGAAUGGAGGAAUGUGUAAAACUUGGUUUAACAAAAAGUAUUGGCGUGAGUAAUUUUAAUUCACAACAAAUUGAUCGUAUUUUAUCAAUGGCAACAAUUAAACCAGUUAUCAAUCAAGUUGAAUGUCAUUUGAAUUUAAAUCAAAAGAAAUUGAGAAUUUUUUGCGAAGAGAGAGGAAUAAAAUUAAUGGCACACAGUCCUUUGGGUUCACCAAAAAGACCAUGGGCACAACCUGGUGAUCAUCAAGUUGCACUUGAACAGCCAAUAAUUGUUAAAUUAGCCAAAAAAUAUAAAAAAAGUCCCGCACAAAUUAUAAUUAGAUUUAUGAUUGACAAUGGUGUUAUUGUAAUUCCAAAAUCAAGUUCAAAAAAUCGAAUUAUUGAAAAUAUUAAUGUUUUUGAUUUUCAUCUUACAAGGGAGGAAAUUAAUGAAAUUGAAAAAUUGGAUAUUGGAGCACGUAUAUGUCCUGCACUUCAACGAAAAGAUCAUCCUGAUUGGCCAUUUAAUAUUGAAUUUUAAAACAAUUUUUUUUUUUUUAUUCAAUUUUACAUUUUUCAAGUAGAUAAGUUUAUCUUUGUAUAAACAUUGAAUAAAAUAUUUUUCAAAGUUAAA